AUGGCUGAUGCCCCGCCUCGUGGCUGGCGCCCAACGCUGCCGGAUGUGGGCCUUGGCCAGGGAGGAAUACGGCCCCAGCCGCAUCUGCGCCGGGCUGGUGCCGCGACGGAUGCGAGGAGGCCACUCGUUGCAGGGGCAGCCGGAAUCUUGUUUAAGAGGAUAUUCAGGCGGCGCAGACGCCUCGUGCGCCAGCAGGCAACGCAGCAAAGAGUGGACUUGCUGCAGGAGCGCUGGCAGCUUGGCCGCUGGCGUCUCCGAGGCCGCGCAGUGCUCGCACCCAUGGAACAGGUCACAGAUUGUGCUUUCCGGCGCCUUUGCUACGAGAUGGGAGCCAGCUUCACCUGGACUGAGAUGGUCCGUGCAGCAGCGCUGCUCCGUCGGAACAACUCGACAACAAGCAGGAUGGACACCUUCGACUCCUCCACACCGACAGGUGUGCAGCUCCUUGUGGGCAGCCCAGAAGAGCUCAGCGAGUCCUUGCAGCUUAUUGAGGAGCGAGCCGCAAGUGACAAGCCCCACUGGGCGACAGGUAUUCAUGGCAUCGACCUGAACUUCGGCUGCCCUUCGCCCCACGUCAUCAACGACGGCCUUGGGCCCGCGAUGCUCAAUCGUCCACAACUGCUUCGCGAGAUCUUUGAACGUCUCGCAGAGUGGCGUUCGCAGACUUCGUUGCCAAUCGGUGCGAUUGGUGCCAAGAUGCGGCUGGGCGUCAACGAAGAUGAGGAGCGGCGUGAGGUGUACCUUCGGGCAAUCCGAUAUGCCAAAGGCCGCCUGGACUACGUGGUUUUACAUCCGCGCAAUGCGCGCGAGGAGUCCAAGAAGAGCCCCGCACGGUGGGAGAACAUUCGGAAAGCCAAGGAGCUGGCAGGCAGCAGGCUGUCGAUCAUAGGGAACGGCGACGUGUUCUCCAGAAGUGAUGCAGACCGCAUGUUGCGCGAGACCGGCUGCGAUGCGGUGAUGAUUGCAAGAGGUGCAACAAAGACAGUCGGAACAAUCUUCGACCCAAAGUGGGACGACAAAGAUGCGUCCACGGUGGCCUCAGCGCCAAGCGUCGAAGCACGACUGGGAGAGCUGACCGAAAGGUUUGGCGUGCGGAGCAAGAUCGCAGAGUACCACAAGGAGUCCUUCCGCCGUGUUCGAGCCCGGGGUUCACGCCGGGCCCUGCGGCUGCUGUGGGAAGACGUGAACUGGUGGCUGAUGAAGGAGCACAGGCAGAUGGAGCAGCCCGUGUCCCAGGAGGAGCGUCGGCGCUUGGCUGAGCGCUUCUUCCACGAGUCUGCCCAGCUGGAGAUUUGCUCCAUCAGCCCUUCUUUGCUGGUUGCAGAGCAGGGUGUCGACGGCGUGUUGAGGAUGAUUCCUUUGCUGGCCAGGGUGGUCGGCAUGGCCAAGCAAGACGUCCACCUUCCUUCGGAAGAGGCGGAGGAGGAUCCGCAGCAGAUUGUCAUCGGCCUGUCCAACAGCUGCAACGUCAUGAUCCUGUGCGACGAGCAGGGCAAGAUUCUGCGACUGAAUGUCUGGUGCGCCAGAUGCGAAAGCCUGGCGCCUGAAAGCCCCGACGAGCGCACUGCAGAAAAGACGAAAGAGACCCAUGUUGCUCAGACAAAGAUCCAGGGUGCACUGGUAAGCAGCAUCCGCCAGGUGCGACCGCUCGUUCCCCCGGCCCAGAUGACAGCAAGUGGCCCAGGAGGCCUGCCCAUCUUUGAGGAGUCGUUUCAGGCCAUGGAGGUUUUGCAGAUCCCGGUGUUUUACUACGUGCUCCACGCGGUAGACAGCAUGGAGUUUCUUCGUAAACGAGUUCAGGCGUGUUUCCAGUUUGGGAAGAGGAUUUGUCAUCAACGGCGAACAGGACAGGCUGGUGCCGAGAAGAAGAAUCCCACGCUGAAAAAGCUGACCGUUGAGACACAGCAACUCGUGUCGACUUAUGCGUGUGCAACGGCCAUCGUCCUGAUCGGCUCGUUCUACAUUUGGUCGACCACGGUCCGAGUGCGGACCACCAGCCUCUUCGACGUUCUCCUCUUGUUGCUCCAGGUGACGCAGCUCCUUUCGCUGCUGGCGCUGAGAUGCACAUGGAUGACACCGACCACCACGAACAUGGCCUUUGGCUGCUCGAUGCUACUUGUGUCUGGCUUGACGCUGCCUGGCAUGGCCGAUGUCGCUUCCCUGGGAUGUGUGUCACAAUUCGUGUUCCUCUUCCGCCUGGCCUGCGUCACGAUGUCGGGUUCCACCGCCUUGGUGUUCCUCGCCUUGGCCCUGAAUCACGGGUGCGUGAUCUGGUCGCUGGACACCUAUAUGAAGGAGGUCAAUCCCUACGAAGGAGGCCGGGCCGAGGAACGGUUCCAAGCUCUCUUCUCAAGCAUCUGGUACUUUGACAUCGUGGCCGCAUUGGUUUGCGUUCUCCUGCACGCGUGGCUCCAGCAUGCCCUCCGCCAGCGUGCGUUGAGGAUCAUGGAGAUCACUCGAUUGAAGGUGGAGGCGAUAGCCUCCGAAUCCUUGCUAGCGUCCUUCUGCGACGUACACUGUUUUCUCGACGACGACCUUUGCUUCGAAGGUGACGAGCGUGCCGUUGCAUCGAUGUUGAUGCGAUCCGGCAAGAAUAGCGGCACGCAGUUCGUGUCCUACAUCAACACGGCUGAAGAUGUAUGCCGCUUCUUAGAUCUCACGCGAAGAGGAGAUACCACGGCGCAGGCGAUCAACCUGGGACUGAAACAUGGGAACGGCGAGCAGGUCAGCGUGGAACUCUUCCACGUCCUCACACAAGCUGGCCUGGGGCGUAGUCGACAUCUCAUCGCGCUGCGGGAGUACAGCCAGGAUGCAGCACCACACCUAGGCGUGAGACAGGAACUUAGUGAUGCCACGUCGCGCACGGUCAGCUCCGCCACCAGCUCAGAGGAAGGCAACUCCGGAAACGAGGAGGCGUUCCUCUUGUUUGAUUGCGUGGAGCUGGAGAUUAUGGGUGCCUCGAAGCGCUUGAUGGAGAAGACCGGAAUUCGAUUGUCGGAUGGCGCCACCUUUCGCGACUUCGUGGCUCAGAAAGAUGAAGCAGCUUUUCUCUUCCAGCUGUUCUCCUACGUGACCAAAGCAGCCCAUGAAGGAACGUCACAGAACUUCGAGAUGCGACUGCGCAUGAACAUGGGCUGCAAGUGCCAUGGAAAGGCAAAGUGGCGAUUUUGCAUCCAGAAUCAGGGCAAGGCCGUGUUGGCCAAAGCUGUGCUCAUGUCGCUGAAGCCGACGACUCCAGAGAAGCGUCGAGCACAUUCAGUUGAGGGCUGUCUGCCGCCUGCGGCGGACAGGGCCACUGAGCAAGACCCGUCUGGGACCCUGGAGGCACCCGAUGUGGUCGUGACCCAGAAUCCUACAGUACUCGGCCACACCUGUGGCGGAAGCAGUGGCGCAGCGGCCGACAAGCUUGUCAGGGAGUUCCUCGACACAGUGGCAAAGACAGAUCGAAAGCCGCCCCAACCUGCGAUUGAGUGCGGCUAUGCACCACCCGGGUUAGACAUUAGCAUUGUGAGGCACGCAGCGGGAGCCAAAUUUCCUGGGGAAAAGAAGCUCAUAGACAUUUGGCGCUGUGAGAAAAGAAAGGUGGGGCACUUCGAUGUCGCCGUCAUUGGCGCCGGGUCUGGCGGUCUCACUGCAGCGCGCACGGCAGCUCGGUUCGGAGCGCGGACUCUGCUUGUAGAGCGGCUCCCGCGCCUGGGCGGCGACUGCACAUGGCAUGGCUGCGUUCCCUCCAAGGCCCUCAUCCGCUGCGCGCACGCGAUGCAUGAAGCUUGCCACGGCGCCCGUUUUGGCGUUGCAGGUGUGAACCCUGAUGCGCUGACCUGCGAUUGGCCGAAGGUCAAGGAGCAUAUCAGUUCCUGUCAGCAGCACAUCUACAAUCAGGAUGACAGCCCAGAAAUACUGGAAGCUGCCGGAGUGGAGGUUCGCCUGGGUGUGCACGCUUCCUUCGUGGAUGCCAAGACACUGCAGCUGGCGACUGUGGGGAAUGCGAAUCCGGGAGGCACAGAGCUAAUCACUGCAAGCAAUUUCAUCCUCGCCACGGGGGCUGGCCCAGUGAUCCCACCGAUCAGGGGCCUGGACGCUGUGGAAUAUUUUACCUACGAGACAAUCUUUGACAUGCCAAAGCUUCCGUCGAGCCUGGCUGUGAUUGGCGGAGGCCCGAUCGGCUCUGAGUUGGCCCAGGCCUUUGCGCGCCUGGGAUCCAAGGUGACAUUGGUGGGGAAGAUGAUGCCCCGGGAAGAUGAUGAUGUGCGCCGCGUCAUGUCGCAAGUCUUCGAGAAGGACGGCCUGGUGGUAGUCGAAGGUCGGGCCGAAUCUGUGGAGCCGUCCGCGACUGGCCCCAUGGUGAAGACCGUAACUGAUGAGCAGAAGAGGAGCAGCAAAGGAGUGAGAUCGAGUUGA